GUGGAUUUUGCGGAAGACGGCUCCCUUAUUGAGACACUCGAGGACCUGCUUGCGCUUUUAUCUCUAGAUGAGCUCAAGACUUUGGCCAAGGACUACAAUUGCAAAGGCACAACCAAGGAUAAGCUUCUCACUUCUUUGCUGAAGGUUGGGCACUCCCAAAUUGGCCUCUCGCGCUCUGGUAGUCUUGGUCUCGAUCGAGACGGUGCAGGAAGCAAGCCGACGCGCAAGUCCAAUCAGAUGAUGUCUCGCAUCCGCUCAAUGACUGGCACUAUGAUACGGUUGGCCAAUGAGCCAGUCAUGCUCUUUCACCGACUACAUCUAGUUUUUUAUCGGUCCAGCGAGUACAGUGAAAAGUCGCUCACGACGCUCAUUCUCGCUCGCAUCUCGAAGCGCAACUUUCCGACGUACGAGGUUGAUAGGCUUUCCACCAUAUUUUCUUCUCGGCAGGCACUUCUCGACUAUGAACAUGCGCUUAAGCUCAAGUUUGAAGUCGACGCCAUCAUGGAAUUGAGCUCGAACCAGACUGAAGCUGGCCUUGAUCGAGUCAUUGCCAUUUUUCAUCAAGUGUACGAGGACUGGCAAGUGCUCGUUAUGUGUGAACAAGAUCAGGAGAUGCAAAUCAAGAUUGAAAGCACAGACGAUCCGCUCCAUGAUCGUCGAGCACGCUACUACGCUCGCCGCUUUACCGCUGGUUGGGUCUGGACGCGGCUACUCUUCAAAGCCGCAGUGGUCUUUGCCAAACGGCAUGAAUACUCGCGAGAACAUGAAGUAUGGACUGCUUUGUUGUCUCAAAAGAUCUUUCGAGUGGGUCGUCGCGGAGAAUGGUACGAUCGGAAGGCUUUGAUUGAACAACACUACAAUCCUCUUGCUCUUGGGCCAACGGCAGAAGUUGGAGUUAGAAAAAGUAAACGCCUGGCGCUCGAGACUUGUGUCGCUGGUCUGCAGGAUGUCGACACUCACCAAAUCUACCACCAUGCGUUGCAAAAUCGGAUUGUUCGUCUCGAACGCGACUUGAACACCGUGAAGAGGCAGCAACAUGACUUUUCACACAUUCUCAUCCGGAAGCCUGCGAAGCGUCAAGUGAUUGGUAUGCGUCUUGACGACCCAGAGACUGGGAAGCACUCUGUCUGGCGUGGCAAGGACGGCGGUGAAGUUUCGGUUGAGCAAUUAUCCUUGGAAUUUUACGAAACUCUCGGCUGGCGUGGCUUCCACUCGGAGAAUUCUAUUGUCACAACGCUGUUUGGUCUGUUGUUCUGGGAUAUUUUGUUCUUGCCGAUUCCUGGUGUGUUUCAGACAGCAUUCCAAACUGCCCCCCUCGAUCUCGCCACUGAUGCCUUUUAUCCUUCUCGUGCGAGUGCACUUAAUCUUCGUCUGGCUGCGAUAGAGAAUGGCAAAGCAGCCGAGCUUUUGCAGGCGACAGACACCAUCCACCGCAACCGAGAAACAUGGUGCGUUGGUGUCAAUUGGAAUUACGCAUUACAAGACUUGCUGGAAAUUGCAUCGUGCAUUGGCCCUCGACCCCUUGCACAGCUUUGUCGACUUUUCGCGGAGGAAUACGGCCACCGUGUCGGUGGUAUUGGUGAUUUAUGCAUGUGGAAUCCGGACACGCGAAAAUGCCUGUUUGUUGAGGUCAAGGGUCCCGGAGACCGCUUGUCAGAGACACAAAUCGCGUGGCUUGAUCAAAUGGCGCUCGCCGGUGUUGAUGUCGAAUUGUGCCUUGUGAGUGAGGUGCAGCCGACUGAUGGAGAGCAUGCCAACAGAAAACGGCAUGCCGUCAAAGCGAAAGGCAAGACUGCACAAAGCUCCAGAAAAGUCAUCGGUGCAAGGCAAGUAUAA